CAUCUUGCUGAUGGUACUGACCGAUUGGGGAGGUUUAUUUUCGCCGGUCGGCAAACACGUGUUAUCUAGCAAAAGAGUUUGUUUGCAGCAAACCGUUUGUAUAUAAAAAAAUGUGCGAUAAUAAUGAACAGAGUGACGGGAAUUCUCCAGACGAUUUUCUGGACAGUGAAAACUUUAAGAGUUUUAUUGCACAAGAUGUGGCAGUGAAUUCACAUGUAAAGGUUUCCACGAAUCGGCAGAAGUUCUCCCAGCCAUCCACACUUUUGGAACGAGGGGAUGGUUUCAGUUUGGAGAGCACCCCACAAUUGACGGUUCGAUAUAGAAAGAAUAACCGAAGCUCGACCAUGGAUGACUCCAGAAGGUUUUCCUGUGGAAGUCUGGUGGCGCGACGAACGUCCACAGUGGCAACGACCAAGCAAAAUGAUCUCCCAGUCGAAAAUGUCUAUAGUCAGAAUAAAAUUGCAACAUUACAGUGGCAACUACGAGAAGUGGAAAAGAGCCGUGAACUGUACAAAGCCGUAAUGAAGCAAGUAGUGACUUUCCUCGAAAAGGCGCACGUCAGCUUAGAGCAUUUGGGUACCCGACUGAAUAGGAAAAAUUCGGUACCCAGAUCGAAAAGCGAGCACUACAUAGUUUCAGAGCACCACAAUACUACACAAAGCCAAAAAGCUUUAGUGGAAGAACACAUCGCGUCAUGGGCACAAAAUAAGAAACAAGAGCACCAUCCCGAUGAAAUCCCUCCGGAAAAACUUUCACAGGAAGCAUUCCGCUUGAUGAGAACCGCCCAGUCUCUAUUGAGGACUCAAGAGCCGAACUUUGCCGGCUCAGAUCAGGCCGAGGAUCCGUCCGAUAUCGAGUUUCUGGCGCAGCUGGCUAAGGAGUUUCCUAGAAGUGAUGAAAAACCCGAACGAUCAAACAGCUUUAGCCUGACUCCGAAACUGGUCCAACCGGAACAUGAUCUGAAAAUUUCUACUGCGAUUAACAGGAAAUUGUCUUUGCAACUGAAUGGGCGUCGGAAGAAUUCUCCAUCUGAGCUAAAUCGAGACUAUUUAGGAAAUACCGAAUGUCACUCUUUGCCUCCAGUAAUCGACAGACUGGAGUGUACAAUCGAAGCGAAUCCGCUAAGAAAUUCGGGCAAUGAAUUUCUGGAAACCAAUAGGAAGGAUAAAUCUCCAAGUUCUCCUGCUACUGCCAGCAUUAGUUCAAUGGAGGAUGAAAGUGGAUUUUCAUCGAUGAAUUCCUUUCAGGACAUUGGAGUGCCAUUAAUUAAUUCUACUGCAGUAGGAGAGGUUUCUGCAAGAAGCAUCCUUCUGAAAAGUAUGCUUCACAACCAAACUGACUACACAUUAAUCCAUAACGAGUUCGAGCAUUGCCGUUCCUGGCAAGAGUCCACUAUGACCACCUCAUUGCUGCAUUCUGAGCAGAGACGACAUCAGAAAGGCCCAUUAAAAACUAGUGACAGAAUGUCUCCGUGUCCUGAGAAAAAGCAGCAUAGCUUGAGCGAUGUGAAGCUCUGGCAGAAGCCAGCUACGGUCCAGCCUGAUUCUGCAAGCUUCUCUGAGUCUGGCAAAGCUGUAGAAGACUUGAAGAGUGUUGCUUCUUCUGCGAGUUUUCAAGGCAAUCACAAGCGAUGGCACUCUUCGCCCGAUAAGAAGACUGCGUCAUCUUCUUUGAAGGUUUUGUGGGUGUGAUGUUCGACGGUGAACAUUAAUGGCUGAUAAUCAUCUUUAUCACCAGAUGCCAUGAAACUCGGACAUGGUGCCUAUCUAAUUUAUUUUCUCAAAAAAAAAAGACUGUGUAAAUUGGAAAGUGUAACUCGGCCCUUUUGUAAAUGACUGUGUAGUAGUAGAAAACUUUGGUUUUAAUCACACGUACUUCUAAAUAGUUAAAGUUCAAGAACAUAGUAUCCAGAAGGUUGUUAAUGCACGUCUCACUAUACUUGUACAUUUAAUUUAUUUUUUUUAAUUUGAAUUUUAUGUUUUUUAUAUUGAAAGUCGAUACUUUGGUAAAGGACGAUUUGUAGAUACGUGUAAGCCAGUCAAAUUAGUGUAGGAAAAAGUAACAGACUAAAUGUUUUCUGCUUGCGAACCGGCGUUUGUCCAAUGGUUUUUUCAUUUAUUAAUUUUUUUAUUGUAUUUUUUGGGGUACAGUUGAAUCAGAACGUGUCAGCAAAGCAAUUUUGAUUUUAGCCAAAAAAUGUUUCCGUGUGUCAAGACGCGAAACAUUAACGAAUAUGGAAAUUAAUCAUGAUUUAAUUUUUAUUAAAUUAGACAAGUGUAAUCUAUUGGGCAAUAAAUGACUGUUGUCACAAUAA